UCUGCGCGAAAGACACGGAAGAAGUGAACUGGUUUUCGGCGCAUUCAAGUAUGAAACAGAAGGAAACUUUUUGGCUCGGUUUAAAGAAUCUUCUGUGGUAGUCAUUUAAAAUGAAAGUAAAUUAUUAGUGUAAUAUUAUGCAGCUUUAUGCGAGGCGCUAAUAGACGCUUUGUUUUUAAAUGGAGUCGGAAAAUAUGUUUUUUCUGCAAGUAAAUCGAAUCUACACGUAAGAAAAACAUUGAAGUAUUCACAACCUUAAGCGUGACACGUUUACAGACACGCAGGAAAGCCUAAAGAGCUGAAUCUGCUGUGAAGAUGGAGAUGGUUAAGGAGGACAGUGAAGAUAUGAGUGAUGCAGAAUCAUGCAGAAUGGAGGAUGAAGAUCCUGAAGAACAAACAGACCAGGUGGAAGUGAAAGAUGAAACUGAAGCGCAAAAAGAAGUGGAGGAGAGUCCGUUCCAGGAGCCUCAUCAUGUAAUGCCUGGAGAAAACUCCGAUAAUUGCUCUCAGACUGAAGACACAGAAGAUAAUAAUCCCUACGCCUGCCCAGAAUGUGGAAAGACGUUCACCUGUAAAAGAGACCUGAAGAGGCACAUCAGAAUCCACACCGGAGAGAGACCGUUCACCUGCGCUCACUGUGACAGGAGCUUCGCAAACUCCGGAGACCUGAGGAGACACGUGCGGAUACACUCCGGCGAGCGGCCGUUCAACUGCGCUCAGUGCAAGAAGAGCUUCACACAGAAGGAAGGACUGAAAGAGCACGCUAAAAUACACUCCGGGGAGAAACCUUUCGCAUGUCUGCUGUGCGGGAAGAGCUUCACACAUCACAACAGUCUGAAGAGACACAUGAAGGUGCAUUCAGGAGAGAAGCUACACCAGUGUCCUGAGUGCGGCAGGAGGUUUGCUGAAGCGUGCAAUCUGAAGACACACCUGCUGUCACACACUGGAGAAAGACCCUUCAGCUGUGAGAAGUGUGAGAAGAAGUUUUUCCUGGCCGUGCAUUUAAAGACACACAUGAGGAUUCACGAGGACGAGCGGCGGUACGUGUGCUCCUUCUGCGGGAAGAGUUUCCUGUGGCUCAAUGGCUUUAAGGACCAUCAGAAGACACACAUUGGGGAGAAACCCUACGAGUGUUUGGAGUGCGGGAGCACUUUCAUCAGACCUGGAGAAUUAAAAGUGCACGAGCGCAUCCACACUGGAGAAAAGCCCUACAAGUGCUCACACUGUGAAAAGAGCUUCACAGUUUCAGGGGCCUUGAAAGUGCACGAGCGAGUGCACACUGGAGAGAAGCCGUACCUCUGCCCUUCCUGCGGGAAGACUUUCAGCAGAUACGGAAAUCUGGGGAAACACCUGAAAAAGGCUUGUCCAAAGCUGAAAAAAUAAGCAUAAAUAUUGUGCUUUAAGAACAGGAGUGUUCACAAAUACUGACAUUUUUUAUGCUUGGACUGGUGGUUUAAGGCAUUUUUUGUCCACUAUGUUUUAAGAGUGGGACUUUUAUUUUGACAGAGUUAAAGACUAAUUCCUCUUCUCUAGCAUACAAUGCUACAGUUACAUUUUCAUGCGAUGCCGAUAAUGACAUUCAUUUAAAGUCUUACAGACUGUUUAAUAAACAUGUAAAGGCAAUGGCCUCACAACUAGGUUUCGAAAGUGCCGCUGUCUGUCCGUAUGAAGGGUCUCAGCACUGUGGUCUGAAUGAGCAUUGUUCAUCUCAUAGUGUAAACAAACACUAGCUGUAACCAGCCAAUCAACUAGCAUGAUCAUUAACAACAGAGCUGUCUUUUGUUAGUGUUACUACAGUUAGUCUGUUUAGUUGAACUCUAAGCUCAUAUAUAGUUUUAAUGCGUUGUCUACUAGUUAAUAAUAAGCGUCUUUCUUUAAAUUUCAGAUAAAUAAAACUGUAAAAUUGGUUAAACUAAAAUUGCUUAUGUGUCAUUAAUUACAGAUAAUCUAAAACAAUUACAAUAAACACACUUCUCUAAAGUGCACUUCUCUAACUUCUCAUUUUGUGCACAGCCGACUGGUUAAAUUUUAGCUUGUGAUUUCUGAACCAGAACAUGUCCUGAACAUAUCCAAAACAAAACCAGAACAUGACCAGAAUAUAACCAGUACAGGUCCAGAACAUAUCCAGAGCAUAACCUGAAUAUUCCAGAACACAUCGAGAACAAAACCUGAACAUUACCAGAACAUAUCGAGAAUAUAUCCUGAACAUGUCCAGAACAUUUUCAAAACAUAACAUGAACAUAACCAAAACAUAUCUAAAACUAAACCAGAACAUGUGCAGAAUAUAUAAAAACAUAAUCAUUGCAUAACUAGUACAUAUCCAGAACAUAACCAGAACAUAACUAGUACAUAACUAGUACAUGUCCAGAACAUAUCCAGAACAUAUCCUGAACCUAACUAGUACAUGUCCAGAACAUAACUAGUACAUGUCCAGAACAUAUCCAGAACAUAACUAGUACAUGUCCAGAACAUAUCCAGAACAGAACUAGAACAUGUCCAGAACAUAUCCAGAACAUAACCAGAACAUAACUAGUACAUGUCCAGAACAUAUCCAGAACAUAUCUAGAACAUAACCAGAACAUAACUAGUACAUGUCCAGAACAUAUCCAGAACAUAACUACUACAUGUCCAGAACAUAUCCAGAACAGAACUAGUACAUGUCCAGAACAUAUCCAGAACAGAACUAGAACAUGUCCAGAACAUGUCCAGAACAUAUCCAGAACAUAUCUAGAACAUAACCAGAACAUAACUAGUACAUGUCCAGAACAUAUUCAAAACAGAACUAGUACAUGUUCAGAACAUAUCCAGAACAUAACUAGUACAUGUCCAGAACAUAUCCAGAACAGAACUAGUACAUGUCCAGAACAUAUCCAGAACAGAACUAGUACAUGUUCAGAACAUAUCCAGAACAUAACUAGUACAUGUCCAGAACAUAUCCAGAACAGAACUAGAACAUGUCCAGAACAUAUCCAGAAAAUAUCCAGAACAUAACUAGUACAUGUCCAGAACAUAUCCAGAACAGAACUAGUACAUGUCCAGAACAUAACAUGAACAUGCCAAUAACAUAUCCAGAAAAAACCUGAACAUUACUAUGACAUAUCCCGAACAUAACCUAAACAUGUCCAGAAAAUAUCCGGAACAUAACCAGAACAUACUGUAACAUGAUGACCAUAACCUGCCCCAGAGCAGGAUUAGCUGUGCAGCAUAGGUUACCAUGGCAACAAAAAAUGAUUAAAUUUUUAGCUACAAUCAUGAUACCUAAAAUCCAGGAUUGAUUCAAACUAAACUGAAGCGUAAUCAGCUAAUCCUGCUUCAUGGUUCUGGCCUCUGGACUGUUAUUUUUAUUAUGAAAAACAAAACAAAGCUUCAUUUGUUACACAUGAAGUGUCUUUAGACAAGCUUUUACAGCAGGAUAUUAAUGACACAUGCCUGUUGUACAGUGUGUUUAUUAAUGUAAUGUGUGAAGAAAUUACAUGAGAAUUCAGUGCACUUACAAAAAAACUUACUUUGUUUUCAAAUUCAUCUAAUUUACAAAAUAUUAAUUAAAAUGCAAAUUAUAAACUACUGCAGUGGGCGGGGACACGACAGGGGGCGUGGCCCCAGCAAGCAGAUCACAAUACUUUUGUUAAAAAAUUACAAAUGUAAAUAUUCGUCGAUCGCUGCCUUGGUAAUGGACGUGCAAUGUAAACAGCUAGUCAGUGAAAUGAGACAUGCACAAUCAAAGCAGAGCUCAUUAAUAUUCAUGACCCUUCCAAAUAAGGUAAAAGCAGAGUGUUUUAUUCUAGGGGGAAAUCCAAGGGUCGUAAAUGCACACGUAAAACUAUUCCUGAAGACUUUUUGCACUUAUUUAAACCACAUAGCUUCUAUGUAGAAGUUAGAGAACAAUUUAACAAAAUGCACAAAUGCAUUUUACGACACAUUCAAUGGUAAAUCAAGGUGACGGUGCUUUUGCGGGUGGAAGAAAUAGUAAAGAAUAGCACAAUUGUUGAGCCAAAAAGAAUAAUUGUUAAUAGUUUUUAUUAAGAAUACAAAAUAUUAAAUUCUAUUAAUGCAUAUUUAAUGAGAAAACACUUUUAAUGAUUUGAUUAUUGUGUUAUUUUUUGCAAAGAGAUUGAAGAAAAUCUUUUGCUCAAAUGGGAAACUUGUGUUUUGUUUUUUUUUACCUAAAUGUUGCAUGCGUGUAACUAAAGUUUUGUUGAAAUUAGUUUAGAUUUUGUUUCUUAACAAAGGCAUACUUGGUUCGUUUGGUAUACUUAUUGUUAUGAAUCGUACACAUUUUCAGUGGCCAAAAACCAAAUAUAGCAGAUACUUUUUGCCUUGUUGAGACUAGAAAUAUGUGCCAUUUCUUUUCUUUUUAUUUCUUUUCAGUUCCAUGUAACAUGCCAAAAAUAUAAUUUUUCCCAAAGUUUGAAUGUCUGAUGAUCAAAUAUUGAGACUAGAAAAUGUCUUCUUUGUCUGAAUAAAUGCACACGUGUUUUAUUUUUCGGUUUGUAUGCAUGUAACUCAAUGUGUAUCAAAUAUAUUUUAAUAUAAUGUUGAAUGAUUUUGAUUUUUAAUAAACUGUACUUUUGAAGAUUUCA